AUGAUUUAAUUACAAAUGAUAUAUCGCAAUAUCUAGGAUUAACAAUAAGUUAGCUUUCUAAAUUAUAAAAACUCUCAUUAAAUAUUGGAGGAUGCUCAAAAAUAGAUGAUGAAUUCAUAGAAAAAUAUGCCCAGUUAACAAAAAAAGCUAUUUCAUUAGAGGAUUUUUCGCUGCAUAUUUCCGAUACAAAAAUUAAUAAGUUUAAUUUCUUAAAAAAUAUAAGCGAAAUUCAAAACUUAAAAUCUUUAUCUAUCACAUACAAUUUUAGUUCAGUAGAUGCUGAAUAAAGCUUUUUAGAAAAUUUAAAUAUUUUUAAUGUAAAAAUUAAAUCUUUAAGUCUUUAUUUUUAAGGAAGUCAUUUUUAAAUAAGUAAGAAUUAAGAUGAAUACUUUUUUAUGA